ACGAACCACAGCUUUCUCGCCCUUCGCGCCCGCAACUCUAGUCCUAAUCCUCUCUAAAGAUCACCGGAUGUGACGUGAGGGCCAAAAUAGCACCGCAGGGGCGGGAGCGGCUGGCGAGCGGAUCUUGGUAACAAGUCGGAGUGAUUCUCCGGUCGAUGCUAGCACACAGCCCCAAGACCACCUUUGAUCACCUUCAGACAAGCUAUGCAUGCCAGAGGUCCCCCUGGCCUACUGACCCCGGCGCUGCCUCUCGCCUCCUCCGUCCUGAUGCUGCUCAUGAGCGGCCUGUGGCUGCUGGGAGCCGGCCCCAGCCUUGUCCUGGCCCCAGAGCUGCUGCUGGACCCUUGGCAGGCCCGUUCUCUCUCCCAGCGCACCGGCUGCUGACACAUGCCCUGGGCCACAAGGCCCUCCCAGGGCUGCUGCUGAGCCUGCUGCUCCUGCCCACGCUGGGCUGGCGGCAGGAGUGCCACCUGGGCACACUGCGGUUCCUGCAUGCCUCCACCCUCCUCGCCCUGGCCUCCGGGCUGAUGGCUGUGCUGCUGGCAGGCCUCGGGGUGUCCAGUGCAGCCGGGGGCUGUGGAUACAUGCCUGUCCACCUGGCCAUGCUGGCGGGGCAGGGUUACCACCCUAGACGGCCCCGUGGGGCACUGCCACCAUGGCUCCUGCCGUGGCUGCUGCUCGCCCUGACACCACUGCUCAGCUCCGAGCCGCCCUUCCUGCAGCUCUUCUGCGGCCUCCUGGCUGGCCUGGCCUACGCGGCUGGGGCCUUCUGGUGGCUAGAGAUCUCCGAGCAGCGGCUGCAGGCACUGCAGGAGGGUGUCCUGUGCAGGGCCCUGGCGGGGUGCUGGCCACUCCAGCUCCUUCCCACCCCAGGCAGCCAGGCUGAGCUGCCUGUUACCCAUCCUGCCGGAGUGAGGCCACCCACCCCUGGACCUCCUUACAUGGCCUCCCCUAGCCUCUGGCCCCUCAGCGAAGGCUCAGCCCCGCUCCCGCCAGGCGUGGGGCCUGUGCAGCCGCUCUGGGAGGGCUCCUCAGAGGUGGGACUGGCCUGGUCUGGGCCCAGCUUCCCCCCAGGGACCCCGCUGUGGGCAGCCCUGGACGAGCAGAUACUGCAGAAGGGGAUCCAGGCCUCGCUCCUUGAGGGGCCAGUCCAGGGUCCCGAGAGCCCACUCCGGCUGCCUAAGUCCUCUGUCUCCUCCCUGCGGCUGCAGCAACUGGAGCGCAUGGGCUUCCCCACGGAGCAGGCGGUGGUGGCCCUGGCAGCCACGGGCCGUGUGGAGGGUGCCGUGUCACUGCUGGUUGGUGGGGAGGUGGGCACCGAGGCACUGGUGACUCAGGGGAGGGGUGGGCUCACCCACCCUGAGGGUCCUGGGCCCCCCUAGCACAGGCAGACUCUCAGGUGAGAAGAAGCCUGGCCUGUGGGUGGGAAGUCGGAGCCCAGGCCCGUCUGCUGAGAGUCAGGGUGGGUUCAGGGGCGGCCCCCCAGCAUCCUGCCCUGGUACUGUUUAGAAUAAAAACCAGUUCACUUUUCAA